AUUAUUAUUAUUAUAAUCAAAAAGAAGCGCUAAGCCACAAGGGCUAUACAUGUAAGAAGUUACAGCAGCAGCGACGGAUGACAACAUUUGUUUUUCUUGAAGCAACUAUGGCGCUGAGACCUUCCUCGCUCCUGCGUCUCCGUCCUCCUCUCUCAUUGUACGCAAGAAGCAUGUCAAAAGGUGACCCUGGAUCGGGUGCUGGCCAUGGAGGUGGCACUGGGGGAUCCAUUAGGGAUGCUGGUGGUGCUUUUGGCAAGAGGGAGCAUGCUCAAGAGGAUCAGUAUUUUCGUAAAUUGCAACAAGAGCAACUAGAAAAGAUGAGGAAGGGGCUGAAACAGGAAGUAGAGUUUCACAAAUCGCAGAUAAAGGCUCAUGAAGAUGCAAUUGAAAGGCAUGAAGAACGUUUGAAACUGCUGAAGUAAAUUUUAAGGUUAUGGCACACUAAAUGCUCCCAUGCAUUAUGCUUCGUCAUAAGAUAAGCAUUAAUUUAAUUUGAUUAGCAAUGUGCAAUUAACUUAAGUUCUUUUGUUUACAAAGUUAAAUUAGUACAUUGAUGUAAAUAUUAAAUAAAAUAUUAAAAUAAAA